AUGUUGAAUGAUGGAGAUGAAGUUGAUUAUCCCCCAAGUUCCGGAUCUUUUCAUGUUCAUUUACAUAUAAAAGAAGAAGAAGCAAGAAAGAAAGGUAUUAAGCAUUUUGGGCAUGAACAUUCUUUGACGUUCAAGGAAGAUGUUAGAAAUGGAUUUGAAGAGGAAGAUGUAUUCUAUUGUCAUGGUUGUGGCCUUGAAAUUAGAAGAAGUGGGUUCAUUUGUUGUAUGGAAGAUUGUUGUUUUAAUCUUCACGAAUUUUGUGCAUCUUUACCCAAAGAGAUGAAAGACUAUCCACAACACCCACAACAUCCUUUAAUCCUCUACACACACUCACCUUAUCCCGACUUUGGUUUCAGUUGUGAUGUUUGCAAAAAUGACUCCUGGUAUCCAAUAAAACAGUAUGAAAGAAAUGACAAAUUGAUUCAAUUUCCAUUGCCUUCUAGUGAGGUAGUACGGAACAUGCUAGCCCAAUUUAUCAAAAAUAUAUGUAGAUGGAAGGACGAGGAAGAUAAGAAAUUUGAUAUCCUAAAUCACCCCAGCCAUGAUCAUCCACUUACCCUUGAGUUUGAUUUAAAGAAAUUUACAAGCUUUAAUACAAGUAGACGUGACUAUGAAGUCUGCAAUGGAUGCAUGCUUCCUCUAUUGAAUGAUGCACCCUUUUAUAGUUGCAACAUGUCGACGUGCAAUUUCGUUUUACACAAAUGGUGUGCUAAAUUGCCACGUGAGUUAAAGCACCAUGCUCACACAGGACACACACUAAUCCUACAAGAAAAGAUGGAUGAAUGCUUUGGCUUCUUUAGAUGCAAAGGUUGUCGGCAGAUAGGGAAUGGGUUUGCCUACAAAUGCAAUGAAUGUGAAGGAUACUACUUGGACGUUAGAUGCGCUACACUUCCUAGAUUCGUCAAUCACGAGACUCAUGAUCACCCUCUCCUUCUCAAGUAUGGGAGAUUGACAGGAGGUUGCAUCUCAUGUCGUAAUAGCAAUUUAAAAGAAGAGUGUAAUUGUAAGACUUGCAACUAUAGUUCUACCAUCUCACCAUGUUCAUCCUCCUUCUCAUUUGGUUGUGAUGCUUGUCAUUUUAGCAUUGACACCAAAUGUUUGAUAUUGCCACGAAAAAUUACACAUUGGUACGAUAAACAUGGAUUCAAAUUGACACAUUCAAUUCAUUUUUCCACUAGUAAUGAUAAUCAAGGUGCAGAAGAAUAUCAUUUCACGACAUUUGUUGGUGCCGAGGCUGCUAUUAUAGAUUAUCAACCACGACAUUAUGCUAUCGUCGUGACUGAUAUUCUAAAGACUAUUAGGGACGAUGAUAACAUAUUGUCGUGA